UGCAGGAUUUCAGCGCCAGUCUUCGCCGGACUUCCUUGGUUCAUUUGGCAUCACCUGCUCAGAGAGGAGAGGCGGUUUGAGCUACGCUUUGUCAGAAAUGGCUCUUCCUCGUCUUAAGUUUGUGAGGUUUUUCGGCGGUUUUGUGUGCGGAGUGACUCUCAGCACUGGUGCCUGUGUGGCGGCGCUCAGACUCUACCUGCCCGAGCAGCAGCGCGACGACUCGGGGGAAGAGAGAGAGAGUCCAGUGCAGAGUCUCAUUAAGCGCUACGGCCUCCCUCUGACCGGAGCAGAAACGAGAAGCUACACCAACCACAUCCUGUCUUAUGACCAGGGCCGAAGGACACCAAAGUGGGUGGCAGAGCAUCUGUCAACCGAAAAACUUCUUGGAAGAGCUGAUAGAAGGCACUGCAAGUUCAAGCCUGACCCUGGUGUUCCCGAGCUUUUCACUGCACACAACGAAGAUUACCUCGGCAGUGGCUGGUCUCGAGGACACAUGGCACCAGCUGCAGACAAUAAAUUUUCCCAGCAAUCAAUGGUGGAAACCUUCUAUCUCUCCAAUAUUGUCCCGCAGAAUUAUGAAAACAACGCGGGCUUCUGGAACAGAUUAGAGAUGUACUGCAGAGAGCUGACAGAGAGGUUCAGUGAUGUGUGGGUCAUCUCAGGACCACUUACUCUGCCACAAGUAGGAGAGGAUGGGAAGAAAACAGUCUCAUAUCAGCUGAUCGGAAAAGAUGACGUCGCCGUUCCCACUCAUCUCUACAAGGUCAUCCUUGCACAGAAAGAUCCUUCAGCUAAGGUCCUGGCUCUGGGUGCCUUUGUGGUUCCUAAUGCCCCUAUAGGCUUCGAUCAUCACCUGAGGGAAUACCAGGUGAGGCUGACUGAAUUGGAGAGGAUAUCCGGUCUGACCUUCUUCCCUAAAGUGGAAACUCAGAGCCUGAAAAAUCUCUGCACAGUGGACUCCUGUGAGCUCAUGGACUUCAAGCGUUUCACGCUAUACAUCACUGGCCGUAAAGUAGGUGGUGCUAAAACUUUGGCAAAGCUCGAUAAGAUAAUGGUGGAGCUGAAGGAAGCAGGAAUCACACCUGAUGAUUACUUGGUUAAACUGUACCUGGAGAAAAAACAGGAACUCUUGCAAAAGGAAAACCCAGAGAACAAGUCAGGAUAACUAAAAGCUGUACGGCUGUGUGACUGCUUUGUGAUCAGGUCAUGUGGUGUUUUUGUAUUGCAUUCUUUGUCGCACCUUCUACAAUUGUUUCCUUUUUGAUCAUGUUUUAAAGGUAAUGUAUACCAAAGUCCUGAAACUAUAUGUAAAUACAGUUUUAUAGUAAUGCCUUACAUGUUUUUAAAAAUCAUUCACUUUACUCUUGCAUUUGUUUUAGUUCUGACUGGUUUAUGGUAAAUUCUCUGACCUGGUAUGUUGGACAGUUGUUUUCAAGGUCAAGUUAUCUGAGAUUGUCCAGCUGUUUGCAUACCAGAACAAGUGUUUUAGAAUGAUUAUUUGAGGCACAUAUUAAAUGCUCCAGCCUUUUGCCUUAUAUGGCAGGGGUUAAACAUGA